CACCUCUUUUCUAUGACGAGUACAUAUGUAGUCCAUCAUGGCGUCCAAACCAUCUCCGUCGACACCGGUGUCAGCUUCAUCAUUUGUAGGACAAGGGCAAGACACCGAUUUACCAACUAUCCGAUUUAAGAAUACGCGAGAUCUCUUUGACGUGAUCUAUUCCACGCCUGGGGAUUCCCUCGCUGUUACACAUGUCUCGCCUGCCCAUUUCGCCACAAUCGAGCGUGUGCGAGACAAGCAACGCCGCAAGUUCCGUUUCCGCCGUUACGAUAGCGAUUGCCAGACCCUUUUCAUCGCCAUCCCAACCCACCUCCAUGAAGCACUCCAUGCCCAAAUUUAUCAGAGUUAUUAUGUCAAACUUGUCAGAAGUGGCAGAGGCGAUAGGAGCUGGGUGUCAACCGGUGCUGCUACUUGUCGAGCACAAGGCCAUCCUGGAGGAGAUGCUGCGGAGGGCGACUGUACUGGCCGCCCACGCUCAAGACAUGAUGCAAGAAGCCCCUGGCCAACACUCCUGGUCGAAGCGGGAGAAACCGAGUCAUUGGCCAGAUUGCGCAACUACAUGAUCUGGUGGUUUUCUGCGUCAGAUCACGACGUCAAGAUCGUUCUCCUCGCCAAGCUUGACCAUACUCGCCGCACUAUUACCUUGGAGAAGUGGGAGGAAGAGCCCGGCAGCACUCGUCCAGGAGCAACAACAACACGGGCCGCUGCUGCCCUCCACCCGGUGCUCCGGCAAAGUAUUACCAUUACUCAGGAUACCACGACUGACCCAACAUCGUACCACGUCACCAGUGAAUUGGUGCUCGGGUUCAGCCUCCUCUUUCUUCGAGAUCCGGGCCCGGGCGAGGGAGACGUUGUCCUGAGCAUUCAAGAUCUCGAGUGGUACGCGGAAUGCGUUUGGAAAGCAUUGUAAGAUGAAGUAAUUGGCAAAGGAAUGAAUGGGGAAGACCGGCCUUGUUUCUUUUCAAUGGAGGCACUCAAGGUUGCGAGUCGAUGUGUGAGCCGUGAGCCAGGAGGCAGAUCCAGGCCGCUGCGGUAGGCCUCAUUCCCCAGCGACUGUGUCCGCUGGCUGGCUUGCUCACGGUUUAACCCG